AUGCCUGUUAUCUGUAUCGAUGGGACGCACUUGUACGGGAAGUAUAAAGGAACACUGUUGGUUGCUACGAGUGUUGAUGCAAGCUUCCAAGUAUUUCCUAUUGCAUUUGCGGUGGUGGAAGGGGAAAACACUUCCAGCUGGUCUUGGUUCCUAGGUUGUAUUCGAGAUCGUGUCACGCAACGGGAUGGCCUUUGUGUUAUUUCUGAUCGGCAUCCUGGGAUCAUUGCAGCAAUGAAUGAUCCCAAUGUUGGAUUCACCCAGCCCCGAGCGUAUCACAGGUUUUGUGUCCGCCACAUAGCCUCUAACUUGAAGACUCACGUGCGAAGUAACGACAUGAGAGACAUGUUCAAGGCCGCUGCGUACCAAAGGCAAGAAAGAAAACUUCAAGCUGAUCUGUGUUUCAUUGGUGAGGCCUGUCCCAAGGCCAUUGAGUACAUUGCUCAAGUCCCGUUCCCUAUGUGGUCUCUGUUUCACGACAGUGGUCGCAGGUAUGGUAUAUGUACUACUAACUUCUCGGAGACAUUCAACAAUGUGUUGAAAGGAGCUCGGUUUCUACCGAUUAUGUCCCUUGUCGAGUUAACCUUCCACAGAGUUAACAAGUAUUUCACUUUGAGAAGGGAGUCUUCUGAGGCUAGGUCUGAUCAGGGACUUCCAUACCCCCCAAAGGUCACUGCCAUCCUCGAGAAGAACACCGCUAAAGCCAGAUAUCAUAGAGUGGAUGCCUAUAACCGGCGAUUGCAUAUUUACCAAGUGACAACAGAGAGGGGAGAGAGAGUUGGUAAUAAAGGAGGCCACAAGCAUACGGUGAACUGGCAGUUGAGAACGUGUACGUGCAACAAACCGAAGAUAUUCCACCUCCCAUGUUCUCAUGUGCUAGCAGUCUGUUCUACAUACUCACUAUCAGAACGGCCUUGGGUGGACCCUCUGUUGCAGUCGGCCGCCUACAUGAACACCUAUGCACCACAGUUCUGGCCGAUCCCCUGCGAGACAACCUGGUCACAGUACGUAGGCCCUAAACUCAUUCCGGACGGCACAAUGAUACGUGGAAAAGGUCGUCCAAAGUCGAAGCGCAUACGCAAUGAGAUGGAUGACAGCAACCGGCCCCCAACCAAAUGCAGCCGUUGUCACCAGCAAGGUCACAACCACACUACUUGUCCAUCUAGACCAACAUAG